AUUCUUUCAUUUUCUAUUGUGUUUAUCCGACUUUAUGAAAUAACUGUUAUGAAUCUUGCGUUCUAAUUAGUCUGGAGAAUUUGCUUUAUGAGAGCACUUUCAGUUGAGUCUUUCCUAUCCAAAAUAAUGGUUAUUGUGAUUAACUGUGUAUCAUAAAAGAAAUUUAAAAACUUGCUUGCUCACAGGUAGUCCAAGCUUGGUUUCUGUGCUGUCAUGUUACAAGGAAAUAUAUGGGGGUUCUUCAAAAAUUUCAAUAAAAUCAUUGAAAMGUGAAAUAAAGCCUCAAAAUUUUACCUGAUCAUUGAGAAAUAGCACUUCUUUCGCUCUGUGUGGUUAUUUUUUCUCAAUGAUCAAGUAAAAUUCAACAGAGCACUCGCACAUUUUCUUAAAUCACUCUAAUUAGGUUGGUACAUUUUGUUUCAUGGGUUUAUGGAAGCCUCUCUAAUUUUUUCAAUCUCGGUACUAUUUAUUAGUACUUGCAUUUAGGUAAAUAAUUUUCCCUUCUCGGUCACCCUGUGUUAAGACGUGAUGUUCAACGGAAAUAACAAUGAUCAGGUGAUACUGCACAUGACUAUCACCACCAAGGGUUUUCCCUAAGGAUAAUAAUUUCAUCACCAGUCUUCCCUCGAAAGUUGGCACUGCACCUAAAUAAAACGACCACGUACUAUCCCCGUAUCAUCAUUACACCUUCCCACACUCUUGAAUAACUGGAUUUGCCUUUUAUAUCAAUAUCAAUACUGUCAAAAAAAAAAAAAAAAAAACCAGAGUUCACAACAACAAAAGAGUACCAGUUUUAUCAGACCUUCGAUAUCCGUUCUUUCUUUUACGACCACGUGCUAUCCAUUCGUUGUUCUUGAAGACUUUGAUCGUCGGUUAAAGUCUUAAAAACAAACAACAUCCUUCUCGCAUUACACAUCGCCUUACAGUGGACUUUUGGACCUCGAAAGCUGUAGUUACUAAUCAUGGAGUACGAAAACGAUGGAUGUCUACACGAAAUGUUCGUUAAACAAGCGCGAAAAUCCCCCAAAGCUCAAGCCGUUGUUUGUGAUGAUGGCCGAAGUUUAACUUUUGAAGAACUCGAUGAAAUAACGGAUAUUCUGGCUUUGAAUCUUCGUCAUAAAGGUUGUGGAAAAGACCAAGUUGUUGGGAUUUACCUGGAAAAGUGUCUUGAGUACCCAAUUGUUUACAUCGCUGCGUUGAAAGCUGGAGGUGCUUACAUGCCUCUCGAGUUGUCUUAUCCUGAACCUUUGCUUAAUUCUAUUCUGGAAGAUGCUCAACCAGUCACUGUUGUAACCACUGAGGACCUUCGAAACCGUUUACCAGAGACCUUUCCUGCUAUUGUGUUGAGCAAAGGAUGGGAAGAAAGGCUGAAGAAGGAAAAUGGAAGGCUUGGAAGUCUUCCACCAGUUGAUUCAUCUCUCGAUGACCUCGCAUAUGUGGUGUACUCAUCUGGAACGACUGGAAAACCGAAAGAGGCCAUCCUAGACUAUGAAGAGUUAGAUGUGAAAACCUACCUGUCAAUGCUUAGAGAAGUAUGGUUGUGCGGUGAGGUUGUGACAACAGCUCUCCGUAACCGUGCCAUGAGGAUGUUGCCAUCAAUACGCCUUCUGAACCUGUACAGUAUUUCUGAGUGCCAUGAUGUUGCUACUUCAGAUCUGACAAACAUUCCCUUUCAAGAUGAGCUACCAGAAAAAGACGAGAACAAGCGUAAGUUCUGCCAUGUGGGUAAACUGCUACCAGACAUACAAGUGGUGAUUAUGGAUGACAAUAUGCAGCCGUUGCCUGUUGGAGUCCCUGGAGAGAUUUAUGUAGGAGGUCCAACACUAGCUCGUGGAUACCUGAACAGACCUAAGCUAAAUAAAGAACGCUUCAUCGAUCGACCUGCUGCAGUCCCGGCCUCUGUGGGUGACCGACUGUACAAGACUGGUGACUGGGGAUACAUGCUUUCUAGUGGUUACUUAGAGAUUUGUGGUCGAUGUGAUUCUAUGGUGAAGAUCAGGGGAUACAGUAUCGAAAUCCAGGCAGUAGAAGCAGCUCUCUUAUCACUGCCGAUGGUUAACGCAUGCGUAGUACUAGUCAUAGGUGAAGAAGGUACCGACAAAUAUCUAGUGGCAUAUGUGGUACCAGAAGGAAAGGUUACCAAGAAAGAAGUGCGAGCGGCUUUGAAAACCAGACUUCCAUUUUACAUGAUACCAGCACAUUUCGUUCUUUUACAGAGCAUCCCUGUAGCGGCGUCGGGAAAACUCGACAAGAAAAGUCUUCCCCCUCUAGACUUAGACGAUGCCGACGAAGAGGGAACACCAACGACAGAGACGGAGAAAAAACUCGCUAAGAUAUGGUGUGAAAUUUUAUCCGUCARAACAGUAGAUAUACAUGAAAGCUUCUUCGACUUGGGAGGUCAUUCACUUUUAGCUGCGCGUCUGUUAUCCAAGAUACUUGAGGAAUUCUCCAUCGAGCUGGCUGUCAAAGACUUGUUUCUCUUUCCGACUGUUGCUGACAUGGCCAACAUCAUUGAUGAUAAACUCCAUAAUGGUGCUCAAAAAUACAGAAGCGCUUCCAUGGAAACUUACAUCGAUCUGAAGGGAGAAGUUGAACAUCACAACCAAGGAUUCGUCAACAUGGAUAUGAUCCUACGUGCGUUUUGGAGGUCAGGGAACUUCAGGAAUACUCGACGAUGGAACCGUGGUCGCGUUUUACUGACAGGAUCUACUGGUUUUCUUGGUGCUUAUCUGUUGAGAGAUUUGUUAAAACAUACCAAGGUCCACGUAUUUUGUGUAGUUCGUGAGGCACCAGACAAAACCUGUAAAGAUCGAAUCAGAGCAAGUUUAGAACGUUACUCCAUCCUACCAAAGAAUAACGAUGGCCACACUCUGAAUGAAGAAGAGAAGUAUUUGGAGUAUGGAUUUGAACACAGGGUUACCGCAGUCAAAGGCGACAUUUCCUUGAUAAAUCUUGGUAUGAGCGAAGAAGAUUUUAUAUUCUUAUCGUCAGAGAUCGACUUUAUCAUCCAUGCUGCAGCAAGUGUCAACAUGGUUUACCCCUACACGGCUCUUCGGGGACAUAAUGUUACUGGUACACAGAACAUAAUCCUCUUCGCAAGCACCAGCAAGAUAAAGCCCCUUCACUACAUAAGUACCGAUGCAGUGUUUCCUCAUGGUUUGACUAAAUGUUCCGAAGAUGCUGACAUGCUUCAGUACGCUCACCUUUUGGAUGAUGGCUAUUCCCAAUCAAAAUGGGUUGCUGAGCAGCUUGUUAUCAGAGCGCGCGAACGAGGCUUACCCAUGGUCAUUUACAGACUAGGUAAUUUGUCAGGUGACCGGAAGAACGGAUAUUGGAAUCCACUGGACUUUACUCUGCUGAUGCUCCAAGGUUGUGCCGAGACCCUCUCCGCUCCUCAAGUAGAGUGGGGACUGGAAAUGACUCCGGUUGAUUUCGUUAGCGAAAUGAUCGUCAAGAUGACACAGGAGCUUUCUAUGACUAUUGGAAAGGUUUAUCACCUGGUCAACCCAAGACCACUGGAAGCAGAGUGGUUGUUCGAAUGGAUGACUAUACAUGGCUAUCAACUCAAUAUCGUCUCUUUUGAUCAAUGGAAGAAGAGAAUCGAAGAACUGAACGAGAAAAAAUCGUCCGAAGAACACAGUAUGUUGGUUAGACUUUUGGAAAUAUGGAUCAAGGAUUCGUCGUUCUUCUCGAAGCUAAGCACAUACUCCCAGACGAACCUAGAAGGAAUGAUGAAGCAUUUCCAAGUGAAUUACCCACAGAACAACCACCAUCUUCUAAAUACAUACUUCGCUUCUCUUGUCAAUCAGGGCGUUUUACCACCACCUAAGAAAUCUAUCAAAGGGCCACGCCCACUCGAAGGAGAAGUUGCCAUAGUAACAGGCUCAUCUAGUGGAAUCGGAGCUGCUGUGUCUAAAGCCUUGGCCGAGGCUGGCGCUAAGGUGGCAUUAGCUUCUCGAAGAGAAGAAAGAUUGGAACAGCUUCGUGAUGAGAUAUUGUCUUCUGGUGAUGCAGCGAUAUCAGUCAAGACAGACGUAACGAACAGAGCAGAGGUGAAGAAUCUAGUGGAAAGAACACAGAGUACCUUGGGUCCAGUCAGUAUCAUGGUUAAUUGUGCAGGGAUCAUGUUUUACCAAUACAUGAAGAACUGUCACAUGGAUGACUGGGAAAGACAGGUUGAUAUAAACUGCAAGGGGGUGUUGAAUGGCAUUGGUACAGUUCUACCUGGUAUGCUCGAAAGAGGCAAAGGACACAUCAUAACAAUCUCUUCCAGCGCUGGCAGAAAGGCUUUCCCAGGACUUUCUGUUUAUUCUGGGACCAAGUUCUUCGUGGAGGCUGUGUGUCAAGGACUUCGGCAGGAAAUAGCUGGAACAGGGGUCAAAGUUACUACUAUUCAACCAGGUGACGUCAGAACUGAAAUUGGUAACCAUUCUAACGACGCAGAGGCGCAAGAACAAUACGACAUGAGCAGCAAAACCAAGAUCCUUGAACCACAGGAUGUUGCUAACGCUGUAGUGUACGCAGUCACUCAACCUCCAUACUGUGCUGUUAAUGAGAUAUUAAUCGAACCAAGAGACGCUCCAUGUUAAAUAAAAUAACUUAGAAAGACUAGACUUUGCUUAAAAUUAUGAUAACAAUUGACCAUCCAAUAUGCCGGAAAUGGCCACGUGACCAAAUUACCUUUAGGACGUCUUUUUUAAAAGACUACCUCUACUGUUCGAUAUCUUCAUGAACGACAUCAAUGUAAGAGUUAUUUACCGAGAACGGAGGCAAUAAGCCAUAUACAUAGGCUUAUUGCCGACGUUCGAGGUAAUUAAGUAUUUUAUUUAUCAAUUGAGAAGGUUUUCUAUCGAAUGUUGCUCAUUAUAAAUGCGAAGUCUAUAUAUAGUUAUUAACCGGGUUAAUAACUAUAUAUUGACCUCGCAUUUAUAAUGAGGGUUAUAACAAGAAUGAAGCCUUGGGAAUAACAAAGAAAACCGUGUCAAUUGAGUCUUUAUGCGGACGACACUACUCAGAAUUCAUGUGAUGUAUGUCCAACUGUGCUGGAGUAUUCCUUCAACCAGGAUAUUGUUAAACUGUCAGUCUGGUUCAACGAUAACUUCUUACUUAGAAGCAGUGAUAACAGUAUGAUUUAAAGAUCUCAAAUGACACGAUAGAAACUAAAGACAGUCUUAAGAUCCUAGUAGUAACAAUCGAUAAUCAUCUAUCUUUUAAAUUGCAUAUUGGCGAUAUGUUGAAAAAAGUGUAUGCUGAAACAGCAGCUCUGCGUCGCCUUAAGCGUCUUGUGCCUACAGACGUUUUGCCUAAAUUAUGUAAUGCCUAUGUUUUGCCUCAUCGUAGUCCAAUAUCACUAAGUAUAGGUAAAACGGUAGAGCAAAAAACUCGAAUUUUAAGGGCCAAUUAUUAUGGUCUUAGAACCUUAUUGAAUAUGGGGAAUAACGUAGAUUACGAGUCAGUUCUUUUAAAAACUUGCAUCCAAGCGCUCUUUGGAACAUAGACGACUGGAGCAAGUAUCAAUUAUAUUUUUCAAAUGCGCAAAACAAAAUGGACCAGCAUACAUUUUUAGCUUUUUCAAACCUCGCGAAACGAAUUAUUCUUAGUUCAACAUCGAACGAGGUGCAUUCUGGUCUAGCUUUUUUUAAAUCAUAUGAUGAGAGUCUUUCGGUGACAAUGAUCUUAAUAUAUGAAAAGAACUCGCCUUUAUUAUUUUAAGUUUUGGAUAUCAAAAAUUCUGACAUUUUAUUUACAUUUCACAUUAUUAUUUCAAAGUAUAAAAAUAAAGAUUCCUGAGAUGUAGUUAAGAUCGUUCAUGCUUAUUCCAACUGCUCCGACAAGAAUCUUUCUUGCCCGGCCCGUCUAUACAAAAAUGUUAAGUUUAAACGAAAGUUUUUCUGAUUCAGUCAGCCUGUUGUGGUUCACGAGAUCUGUCGUUCAUAGCUUAGUUCCAUGUCCGAUAUUCUGCUCUGACAUCUGAUCGUGGAAAGUAGCUGUUUGUCUCGCUAUCGCUAUUGUUUAGCAAAGCAUAAUGGCCCCAUGAUGGAACUUUUCCAAACUUUUUAGGUUGAAAAAAGAAAAUGAAAAUUAAAGUUUAGAUUUGCUGUUGUUGUCAGGGUAAUAUAAAGACUGCCUCGAAAUUCUGGCCGAAGACAAUUUAGAAAACCACAUCCCCAAUCUUUUACUUUUGUAGCUGCAUAUUUUGCAAGAAAAGAAAGUAUUGUAGUGUGAACAUGUCCAAAACUGUUCGUUUUUCAACUGUUCGGGUUGCCAAAAGGGCAUAAGAUCAGGCAGAAUUGGAAACCUGAUCUAUUCCAUCGCACAUGAUCAAUAGUUGUGGGCAGACUAGGUCGCUGAGAUCGUCUAGUAUAUAUCUGGGGUUUUAUCCCCACCUCGAAUCACAUUCAGCUUGGUAGAACGAGGAGGGAGUCAUCUGGAACGAGUGUACUAAGGUUCUACUACCGUCUGUCCAUGAUGAAUGAAAUGAAAAUAGCUCUGCUCUUUUUAUUGCUUGUUGUGGUGAUCGACGACCUAUUUGCGUGCUCACCGUUUUCCGCGUGGCGGGACAUCGAUCAAGGCGUAAGGGACGGCCGUAGGUCUAGAUUGCUCGCGUCUUGUCAAUUUUCUUCCAUAAAGGGACUAAAYAGUGAUUGGCGUUUUUACUGUUCUGUAAAACUAGAAUUUUCUUUAAAUCACACUCGUGAUCAUCAGUUGAAUAACUGCACCGGCAAAUUCAACUACAUUUGUCCGACAGGAAAAUUUGUAUCGGAAAUAUACGGUGAAUCUGGGUGUAAUGCUACAGCCUUUGACUUGCAAUAUCAAAUCUCGUGUUGCAAUUAUGGAAAGAGAAAUUCCCAUAAAGACUGUUACUGGGUUGGUUGGCAAAACUGCUUUGGAAGUGCAUUCAAGUUCUGGGUACCAGAUGGAUACAACAUAGCUGGUAUAAGAAGCGAGUAUAACAGCUCGGUACAGAACGAGUAAGAAGAGCACCUAUUUGAUUUUCAGAAGAAAACUAUUCUAAACGAUAUUGAUUUGCAAGAAAGUUAAACUGUAUUAUUUUAGUAUUAAGGCAAAAAAGGCACGGUGACGGUACAAAAUAAAUGACAGGACCAAUCACA